AUGGCACUCUGCGAGGGGCAGUUGGAUUCUGUUCUUCAGAUCAACGGUGAAAAGGUUCAGAUGGAGAAAAAGAUGGAAUCUAACGGUGAUAUGUACGGAUUGGACAACGUACCGCCUUUGCCUCUGAGCGUGGAUUAUCGCUCGCCAGUAUCACAUUUCGUCCCGCCAGCGGUUGAGCUAUACGCAAAUAGACAUAAACCGGAAAUACAUGUUGCUUCGUCAGCUAGCGAGACGACGCCUCCAAAACGCAAGCGUGGCCGUCCGAGAGUAGAUAAGACGAGCCCGGAGUACCUUGCUAACCUGGCAGCAAGGAAACAGGCCAGGGAAAUGGCUGCUGUUAUGGGCGAAUCCGGUGAGAAGAGAAAACGGGGUCGACCUCGAGUUGACAAGACGGCGCCGGAGUACCUCGCGAGGAAACGCGCGAGGGAGAUUGAAGCCUUGGAGAAGAAAGCGAAGAAGGAAUACAGGAGACGAACUACUGGGGAUUCAGCUGCAUCAUCAUCGGCUGGUGAAUCAACGCCUCGCGUGAAACGCAAGUACACAAAACGAGCUCCCGGCAAAAAGGAAUCAUCUUCAAAUCCCGAGCGGGUUAAAGGAAAACGCGGUAGACCGAGAAAGAACGAUCCAAAGCAACAAGGAAAAAUUCGGGUCCGCAGUAACUUGAUGCCUUCGAACGAGCCAAUCACACUCGACAGUGACGACGAACCGGACUUGGGCUCCCCAAGUCAGGCUUCGGAUUCCCUGAGUAUGGAUGAAAAUUUAAGAGCAUUGCGUCACAUACACGAGAAAUACGCGAAUAUACAUAAGGACGAUCUGUACGAGGCCCAUUUACUUGCUGCGAAUUUCAAACAGCCAGAUGCGAGGGGUGACGAUGACGUGCUAUCAGUAGCUAGUUCAGAUGGCAGCGCGUCAGUAAAAGAAUUAGGUACAAGAGUAGAAAAAUUGGAGGAUAGUUCGAAUUCCGAGUCCGGCAGUAGCAGCUCGGAAUCAGAUAGUAGUAGUUCUUCGUCGUCCAGCUCGUCGGAAAGUUCACAUUCGUCGGACUCGUCGGAUUCAGACGAAGAAGAGAAGCCUAACAGCAGCGUACAUGAUGACAGAUCUUUCGGCGCUUGGUCUCACACACCGGAGUCGGACUCGGACCCCGAGCGCGGCGCGCCGGUCGCUCGGACCGAUGAUGAUAUCAGCGAGUCUGAUAACGAAUCAGCUGAUAAGAGCUUCCCUUGUAGGGUCUGUGGGAAGUGGUACUCUACUAGAGUGACGCUCAAGAUCCACGCUCGCGUGCAUCAAAACAAAGGCGGCAGCGGGUCAAGAUCGAGAGCUCGUUCUUCUGAUAGAUAUGAGUGUGAUUGUUGCAGCGAGACAUUUAGCAGGAGAGAGAAGCUUUGGGAGCAUAAGGCUGAGGCCCACCGCGGCGCCAUGACGGUCCGUUGUGAGGUGUGUCGGCGAUGCUUCGAGGAUGACAACGAACUGGCUGCGCACGCGACCACACACACUAGCGAUGACAGGAUAGGUCGUUGUUCGGACUGCGGCUCAUCGUUCGCGCGUUACGACCAGCUCCGCCGUCACCGCGCGUCUGUGCACGGCUCGUCCCCCGCGCGCCUGCCGCACGCGUGCGUCCAGUGCGGCAAGAGGUUCUCGCACGCGCACUCGCUGACCAGACACGCGCACAACCACGCCAAACAGCUGUAUAGAUGCGUGGUUUGUAAGGCGUCGUUCGCCCGCGCCGACCAGCUGGCCCAGCACCUGAACAGUCACCUCGCAACCUACAAACGUAUGAAGCAGUGA